AGUCAUUUUGCGAUCCAGAUUUCUGCAGAUCGCCAUAGCACUCGACCAACCACGCACGCGAUAUGGCCGCACCCCCUGGACCCAAUACACCAGGGCCUAGUGCUUCCGGGGAGAAACCUACACAGAAGACGAUGACCAAGGCCGAACGACGCGAACUCCAGGAACGUCAACGCGCCGCGAAACUCGCGCAGAAACAACAACCGCAGGCUGGAGGAGCAGGCGGUGGCGGUGAUAAAGGCAAGGCGAAACAAGCAAAAUCCAACACACCGCAGUCGAAAUCAUCAUCAGGAGGAGGAGGAGGAAGGCAGUGGCAGUGGAGGAGCAGGCCACUCAUCGUCCAAAUCACACGCGGACACGGACGCAUCGGCAUCGAGAUCGCAGACGCUGCGGAUCUUUUCGCAUUUCAGUAUCCCGAAGCAGGGACAUGCAGUCAAAGGGGAUAUCCACCCAUGUAUCGUGCGGCUGGCGUUGCAGUUCUCCGAAUUCAAGAUCUGUGGCGCGAACGCGCGCUGCAUCGCAACCCUGAACGCUUUCAAAACGGUCAUCCAAGACUACACGACGCCCCCGAAUAAUACGCUAUCUCGGCAUCUGAUGACCCACAUUUCCCCACAAAUUACACACCUCGUGUCCGCUCGCCCCAUGUCGGUCACAAUGGGUAAUGCGAUCCGGCAGCUCAAGCUAGAGAUCAGUAGCUCGGAUAUUGAUAUGCCCGAACAAGAUGCCAAAGAUGUGCUCUGCCAAAAGAUCGACGACUAUAUCCGGGACCGCAUCAUCAUUGCAGAUGAGGUCAUUCAAGAUUUCGCGAACAAGAAGAUUAAGGACGGCGAUGUUAUCGUCACCUUUGCCCGAUCAUCUGUGGUGGAAAAAGUGCUACUGAACGCAUGGAAGCAGGGAAAGCGCUUUUCGGUCAUCGUAGUCGAUUCGAGACCACUUUCUGAAGGAAAAGGACUCCUGCGUGCCUUGACAUCGGCAUCGUCGCGACAAUCCUGGACUCUGUCAGACGACUCGCUGGUGCCUCCCCAGCCGCCUAUACCAUGCACCUACGCCCUGUUGACCGCUCUGCCGUCGCUGAUUAUCGAGGCGACGACAGUCAUCCUGGGCGCACAUUCUCUGCAAUCUAAUGGCGCUGUCUACUCUCGGGCGGGGACGGCUCUCGUGGCCAUGAUGGCCAAGCAGCAUAAUGUCCCCGUCCUGGUCUGCUGUGAGACAUACAAGUUCAGCGAGACGGUGAUGCUCGAUGGGUUUGGGAAGAACGAACUGGCGCCUGCGCAUCUCGGGAAAACUUUGCCUCCGACAUCCAAUCUUGAGAUUCUCAAUCCAUUGUACGAUCUCACCCCGCCCUCUUGCAUCACGGCCAUGGUGACGGAGGUGGGGCUGAUCCCGCCGAGCAGCAUCAGUUCUAUCCCAAUGGCUCUUGGACGCACGACCUUGUAAUGUAAUCGCACUGCAUCGCAUCCUUGUCAACUGCUAUCGAACCAAGUAAUAAGUACGAAUUAGCUCGUCUUUCGACUUGGACGCUGUAUUCUGCUCAGCAAGCUUCUCUUUGAUCCAGCCGAACGCGCGGUCCGUGACGUGCUCGACGGGGUGGUCGAAAAGGUAUGGCAAUAUUGGCACCUGAUGCAGAACGUCAGAUAGUUGUCCUUGAACACUGCACGCAUACACUCACAAUAGCCAAUCCUGUCGCCGUCGGGCCCCACGUCUUCAGACGCGGGUUCAGCGACUUGUCAAACACCUUCUUCGCUUGCUUGACGGCGGUGUGGAUCGUGAAUGCCGGGAGUGCC